UCUUUCCCUGUAGCCACCUAGAUCAGUUUGUAGUGAGAGCUGCAAACCAGGUACCCGUGUGGCCAGGAAAAAAGGACAACCCAACUGUUGUUUCGACUGCAUUCCGUGUUCAGAGGGAAAGAUCAGCAAUCAAGCAGGUUAGUAUCAUUUAAAAGUGUCAUGGUUUGUUUUGGAGUGUUUAUUUGUAUUCAGUAUUGUCUCCCACUAUCGUUACCCACUUGGUUUUCAGGGAAAGCACAUGGAAAAUGGAGUAUCUUCCUCUUUUUUUCAGAUUCCAUGGAGUGCACCAGUUGUCCAGAGGACUUCUGGUCCAGUCCUCAGCAUGACCACUGUGUUCCUAAGAAAACAGAGUUUCUCUCUUACCAUGAGCCUCUUGGUAUCUGUUUGACAGCUGCCUCAUUACUGGGAACAUGUAUCUGUGCUGUUGUAUUGGGGAUCUUCACAUAUUAUCGCAGUACACCAGUAGUACGCGCCAACAAUUCAGAACUGAGUUUCCUGCUGUUGGUGUCACUUAAACUAUGUUUUCUAUGCUCACUGCUGUUCAUUGGUCAUCCCACAUUAUGGACAUGCCAGCUGAGACAUGCAGCAUUUGGGAUCAGCUUUGUGCUUUCCAUCUCAUGUAUCCUGGUGAAAACUAUGGUAGUUCUGGCUGUGUUCAAGGCCUCCAAACCAGGAGGUGGAGCCAGUCUGAAGUGGUUUGGUGCUAUGCAGCAGAGAGGGACAGUGAUGGUUCUUACUUCUAUUCAGGCAGCAAUCUGCACAGUUUGGCUUGUGUCUUCUUCACCAGCUCCUCAUAAAAACACUCAAUACCACAAUGAUAAGAUUGUUUAUGAGUGUGUAAUUGGGUCCACAGUUGGUUUUGCAGUGUUACUGGGUUACAUUGGUUUACUGGCUAUUCUUAGCUUCCUGUUAGCAUUUCUGGCAAGAAAUCUUCCAGAUAAUUUCAACGAGGCUAAGCUCAUCACUUUCAGCAUGCUGAUCUUCUGUGCUGUGUGGGUGGCCUUUGUCCCAGCUUAUGUCAACUCUCCAGGUAAAUAUGCAGAUGCAGUAGAAGUGUUUGCCAUCCUGGCCUCCAGUUUCGGCCUAUUAAUGGCUCUGUUUGGACCCAAAUGUUACAUAAUCCUGCUUAGACCAGAGAUGAACACAAAGAGAGCAAUUAUGGGUCGACGCACCACCAAGUCAUAAAACACUUCCAUGGUUUUAGGUUAAAGA